UCCGUUGCUAGGCGACAAACAUACUACAAUACUGUGUGUUCGAAACAGCUGCAUUUUAACCUCUCGGCUCGCCUUUAAUUAAAAAAUUUCUUCUUUUUUUUUGUUGUUUUUUUUUAGUCUUUGUCCACAGCCGUUAUUCUCCAGGCAUGCCUCUUCCAGACACAUUCUAUUGCUCCCAACAAAUCAACAUCCCUCCCGAGCUACCGGACAUCCUCAAAUGCUUCACCAAGGCAGCUAUCCGAACACAGCCCAAAGAUUUGCUGCAGUGGUGUUCAGCAUACUUCAAUGCGCUGGCCAAAGGGGAGUGUCUUCCAGUAAAGGAGAGGCUGGAGAUGAAUGUUGCCACUCAGAAGACUGACACUGGACUGACUCCAGGUCUACUGAAGAUCCUCCAUAAGCAGUUGUCUCCAAAGGAAACUUGCAGCAAAGAGGAUGUGCAGCUGAAAUGGAAGGCUCUAUGUCUUCCCAUGGAACAACUGGAGGCUCUGCUGUCGUUGGGCAGCUUUGAUUCGAAAAUCAACUGGAUGGAGUUUUUUGCCCUGGGCUGUAGUGCUCUUGGAGGGACUCUUAUAAGCUCUAUGAAGUACGCCUGUGAGAUCCUGACAACUGAUGAGGAGGGUGGCCCUUCGAGGAUCCCAUUCGAUACCUUCUCCCAUCUCUACACCUACUUGGCUCAUCUAGAGGGGGACAAAGCAGAGGACCACACUGAGACCUUCCUCCACAGCCUGAUGCCACUAAUCAACAAGCAGAACGGCAUGAUUCAAGUUUCCAACUUCUACCCCAGGAGGAAGUUUGUGGUCAAAAAAAUGGCUAUGGAAGACUAAAAGAAGCAACAGAAGAAAGGAAGGGAGUCAUUGUGGUGAAUUAUUAAAAGAACCCAUGAGUACUCCAACUCGUCCCAUUAAUUGUUAGAAAUACUCAUUCUGUCUAAAUGUUGAUGUAAAGGUGAAGCAGCUAAUGUCAGGGCUAAUGAGAUUGCUUUUUCUGAGCAUGAACAGAGGUACACAACUGCCUCACAGCCUGUGUUUUAUUCCUCAUUUUCUUUUGCCUGGAUUAGCCUAAGUUCAUUUAUCAUCCAUUGAACCUAUCAGCUUACAGUCUCACCAUUACUGGCCUUUUAUCUUGGGUAUUCAUUCUUCCUGAGCAAACGAAGAAGAGGAAGAGAUUAGCAUCAGAGCACAAUUUCCAGCUCAGUUCAGAGGCUUGUGUUUUGUUCACCUUUGGGUUGUCAUGCAAGACGCUCAAAGCAAAAGCAUAUUCUGAAGACGUGUUCUCAUGUGGCAAACUGAGACUCUGUUUUCUUCUGAAAGCAUCCUCCGUUCUUACACACAUGCACCGAACACUGCCUCUUGCAGGGCUGCAGCUGUGAUCAAUUCGAGGCUACUGAAGGGCAGAUAGAACGACCGAUAACUUAAUAACAGCGGUCUCUCCACCCAUGUGACACAACACAGAAGGAAUGUUGUCAGGUCUUAAAACAGACAUGUUCAAGAUGACCCCCAGAGAAAUAGUCUGGCAGUGUCUUGACAAUAACAAAUUCAAUUCUUUGGAAUCUGCCCAGAAAGCCACUCUGUUUGCAAAAUGCUUUUAUCGUAUAAAACAUACAAAUACAAAAAUGUUAUUAAAGAAACUUCUUGAAUGAGUUAAUGUAAUUCAGCAAAUUGAGCUGCAUUACAUAAAAAAUGGAUAUAAUGUCAAGUAAAUAUAUUCAUACCCCUCAAACAUUGUUCAGAUUGUCUCACAUUACAGGUACAACAACAUUGUUUUGAACUAGCAUUAACUGAAAGUAAUGCAUAAUUAUGAUAUGGAAGAAAAAGCCAUCGAUCCAUUGUCUAUAAAGAAAGCUAAUUGGGCGAGAGGUGAGGUAGCAACCUGGAAAGGUCACCAGUUCAUCACAGGGCAAAACAGAGACAACACAAAGAACAUUCUUAGACUUUGCAAUUACGUGCUAUGUGGUGAUGGUAUAUCACAUUAAAAUGUCCCAUAAUUUACAAAAAACAGAAAUGUGGAAAAUUCAAGAGGUAUGACUGUAGAUAACUAAGGUUAUACUCCAGAAUAUAUAACAAUAUACUGUAUAUUAGUACUAAUUUGUAAAAUAACUAAAUAAAUAAAAAAUAGAGACUUGAACUUGCAAAUUUCUGUUUUCUAUAUACAACAAUGCAGAGAAGCUAUACACUGUCAAUUCAAUGAAGCUAUAACUCUGUUCCUAGAACGAGUAUGAUUCACUUCUAUUGGGACCUAUAGGUUCAUUUUGUUGCUUAGGAAGUAGAGAGUGGAUAUUGUUGCACUGUGAUUCUGAGGUAUAUCAAUAACAGAGGAAAUUGGUGUUUCAAUAAUCAAGGAAGUGAUCAUUUACCCUUCUUACAAUUAUAGAGACCCACCUUAUCAGGUAAAACCUGUCCUUGUUGAUUGCCCUGGUAAAGUAGAUUAUGCUCUUAUUCAUGAAUAAUUCACUCAAAGCAAUACCCCAUGAACUUGUUGUUUUAACAUGAAGAUGCAUUCCUGUAUUUACUGACCUUUUGGUGUUCUGAUACCUUCCCCCCCGGGAUGCUAUCAACUGAACAUCUGUUUUCAUAUCCUUAAGUUUCCUGAUAUAUAUACCUAAUUUUUAGUCUGGGCAACUCACUUCUAUUUCCAGGAUUCAUCUUCGGGAAACAAUGGUCACAUUUACAUGCUUCGGUCCUGUAAGUCCCAUUGUUUUAAAGGUGUUGAAACAUGGAAAGAAUAUGAUGUCAUUGCAAAUAUGUCAGCCCUGUAGGAAUCUCUGCUGCAGGGCGGACCUUAUUGCACCAUUUUUAUUGUUUCUUUUUUGUUUUUCGAAGCUUUGCCUAUAAGAUCACAUCUCCGGGGAAUCAGGGAAAGUUGCAGAACAGUGUGUAACAGGCAAGAGGAGAGAAAACGGACACAAAGACCCCCUGUUAGUGUUCUUGUGUGUGGCUGUUGUGUAACAGUUCUAAGGGUAAGGAAAAGGGAAAACAUGAUUCAUGUUGUUUUCUGAUGGUGUUGAGCAUAUCUAGCUGCUCUGUGGUGAGAGAUAACUCAUUUAUUUAUUUAUUUAUUUAUUGUGUAUGUUUGUGUCUGGUGAAUGUGGGAGACUUUGCCUAAAAAAAUAGUUAACAUACUUCAAAUGUGUCUUUUGCAGGGCAAUCCAGGAUGGGAUGAUAAAACCUGUGAACUUCAUCCACAUGCAUGACAUGGAUUCAACUUCGUAGCAUCUAGAUUUUCCCCAGAACAAUGUCAGGAGCUAAGUAGGAGUAUAGUCAGCACAUCUAGCUUUUGUUUUCAGGCAAAACAGCUGACAGAGAGAGACUCAGCUUGCCUACUGUGACAUACAUAAAGUCUGGAGAAAAGUUAUGGUUAUGUUUGAUUAUGUUGGUGUUAUACAUCUUUUAUUGCAAAAGUACUUCUAUUACAAGUACCUCUUGUAAUAGUUUAGCAUUUAACAGCUUAACAGUAAGACAGAUAUGCUUAAGUUCAAGAUGUAUGAAUAGUCCCAGAUUAAUAAAACUACAAUAUUAGGUAAUAACACUGAUAUCACCACAUAUACAGUAAGAGUGAAAAGUUUAACCACUGGUUUAUAAAUGCUAUAAAUUUUAUUACUGAUUGUUCUUUUAUGUGAUUUGGACUAUCUAUCUAUCUAUCUAUCUAUCUAUCUAUCUAUCUAUCUAUCUAUCUAUCUAUCUAUCUAUCUAUCUAUCUAUCUACCUACCUACCUACCUACCUAUAAAAGCAAUUAAAUAUGACAAAGGGUGCAAUUUGCUGAUGAGCCAAUUCUCUCUUUUUUGUUGAUGCAUUUCUGGUUAAAAAAGAAAUUACAAAAAAAAUGCUAAUUUUACUGCUGACUAUUUACAGUGAAUGAUUCUUCUGCCUGCUCCUCUAAAUUAGGCCCUUCCCAAGCAGCCAUCCAUUAAAAGUGGCUGAUAGUGUGUGGAAGCACCUCAUCCGAAUCCACUUUAAACAAACCAACACUUCCUUAAACGCAGAUGGUGGUAAGAGAAAGUAAAAACUACCACUUUGUCAAUUGAGAAAGCAUCCAUUUCUUUUUUAUCUUUUAGGCUCAUUAUUUUUGUUGUAGAGUGGUUAUUUAACAUUUCUAAACAUGAUACACAUUAGCUAGUGAAAAAUUGUGUUCUAGACUUUAAAUAAGAAAAAAAAAAAUGUAUGUGUUUUUUUAUUAUUAUUAUUCCAGGACAAAACUGGGACUGUUUUCACAGCUUUCAUCACUUUUUGCAAUGUCUUUAAGCCACAUUCCAGCAGUCAUUAGCAUUUACGAUCCGUCUGCAGUUCCUUUUUUGCCUCAGUCUCUCAUUUACAAUGAUUUUAUGUACUGGACCAAAUCUAAGAGUGUGCAAGCAUGAGUGCCUUUUCUAGAAGACUUGAAUUCUUUUCUCAGUUUCACUUUGGGGUAGAUGUCCUCUAAUUGUGUUUCUAUUAAAUGUUCUAUUUAUUAUUAAAACAUAUUUUGUGUUAGCUUCCGGAUAAUUUGUGGAAUGUGAUACCAAUAAAUGAAGUUGUUUCAACCA